UUUUUUCUUAAAGAAAGUUGAUUUCAUAUUAAACCUAAUUUCACAUUCAACUUUCACUUUUUUCACUUCACAACACUUUUUUGUUCAUUUGCUGGUUAACCUUUUCAAUUUCAACUUUUCCUUGUAACAAACCUUUUCUCAUAUUUUUGAUCAAUAACAAGAAACCCUUUCAAUUGACCAACAAUGUCAACCCAAAUUGUUCAACAAUCAACUCUGUGAAUUGAUACAAAUUGACCUCUUCUUGUGCUUUACAUCGAGCAAUUUUUGAAUCAACAUUUCAUGUUAAAUUGUGUUUCAUCCCAAUGGAUAUUCAACAAAUUACUGUUAGUGAUCAACAACCUAAAUUUGCUGUUCAAGUGGACGAUCUUUACUUGGGUUACAAUCAAACUGGUAAUGUAUUGAAAGGAGUUCAACUCAAUGUUAAACCAGCUUCAAUUUAUGGGUUAUUGGGUCCAAGUGGUUGUGGUAAAACUUCACUAAUCAAAUGUCUUGUUGGCUAUUUCAAACCAGCCCGAGGAAGUAUAACUAUCAAUGGAUAUCCAUUAGGCCAUGAGAAACUUGGUAUUCCUGGUCCUGGUGUGGGUUACAUGCCGCAAGAGUGUCAACUUUACAAUGAAUUGACAAUUGAGGAAACAUUGAAAUACUUUGGUCGCCUAUUUUUGAUGGAGACUAAAAAAAUUGAACAAAAUAUUGACCAUUUAAUUACUUUGCUUGAUCUUCCGCCCAAAUCUCGAUUAGUUUCAAGUCUUUCUGGUGGACAAAUGAGAAGAGUUUCAUUUGCAGCUUCAAUAAUCAACAAGCCUAAAUUGGUUAUUUUAGAUGAACCAACGGCAGGAGUUGAUCCAAUGGUAACAAAGUCAAUCUGGAAUCAUUUAAGUCACUUGUCCAAAAAAUUGUCCAUCACAGUGAUCGUGACAACGCAUUAUAUUGAAGAAGCUCGUAAAGCCGAUUGUGUAGGUCUUAUGAGAAAGGGUAAGAUUCUUGCUCAAGAUUCACCAGGAGUUAUCAUGAAAAGAUAUGGAGCUGUUACGUUGGAACAAGCUUUCCUUUGUGUUUGCAAUAAAAUACAGGUUUCUGAAAGGUCUAUGUCAUCAAUUGAACCCUCUUCUUCUCAGUUGUCACCUGAAACGUCUUCAUCAUUACAAGAGCCAGAGAUUCCAAAUGGUAACACUGAUGAUGAGCUUAAUGAAUGUCCAGGGGAAAUUAUUUAUCGACCAAAAGCCGCCAUAAGUCCACUUGAUUUUAAUAAAUUGUUUACAGUCAAUCUGGACCAUUGGUUUACUAUUGUUUCAAUCAUUUUUUGGAAAAACACUUUAAGAAAUUUGCGAAAUAUUCCGUUUAUGGUUUUACAAUUUAUUGUUCCAGUUGUCCCUGUAGUCCUUUUGUGUAUAGCGGUAGGCUUAGAUCCAUUUGAUGUUCGGGUUGCAAUUGUUAACGAUGAUUUGGGUGGCAAAUAUAGCGCUUUGUUCCUGAAACAUAUAGAUAAAUACCAUAUUAAUGCUGUGCCUUAUAAUUCCUUGGAAGAAUCAUUACAAGACAUCAGACAGGUGAAAACAUGGGGAGCAUUGCAUUUCAAACGUAAUUUUUCUGCCAGUAUUAUGUCCCGAAUCGAUUUCUAUGAGCCAACAUUAACAAACAGUACAAUUGAAGCGAGUACAAUUAAACUUUAUGCAGAUUUAACUGAUGAUUUAACAGCAAUCCAUGUGAAGAGAAGUUUGGAUCGGACGUUCCAUGCGUUUGUACAAGACUCAUUAGCUGAUAAAGGUCAAAAACCAACCAUUGCCGCGUUGCCAAUUAAAAUGGAGCAGCCAAUUUUCGGUGAAGCCAAUCUUAAUCGCCAUGAUAAUUUUAAAAGAUUCACUUUACCAGGCUUUAUGGCAGCAGUUUGUUUCACCAUCGGCUACACAAUAACAGCAGUAAUCAUAAGUUUUGAGAGAAAUGAUAACAUGUUGGAUCGACAUUAUGUCAUAGGUGUAUCUCCACUCCAAUUUUUGGUUGCUCAUGCAUUUAAUCGUCAAAUAUCAAAUAUAAUUCAAAUCUCCACCAUCUUGAUCACAAGUGUUUAUGUCUUGCAGAUAUUGGACAUGCCAGCGUUUACCCAACUGUUGACAUCAUUUUUCAUUCUUUUUAUUAUCAGUAUCAAUGGAAUGAGCCUUGGAAUGGUCAUCUCGUCUCAAAGCAGCCGGAUUGAUCUCAUUUUCACGUUUUCGAUAGCUGCAAUGUUUGCUUUCAUGAUUUUUAGUGGAGUCUUGUGGCCAAUUGAAUCGAUGGGGCCAUGGUUGAGAGCACUCUCACAAUUAUCUCCAGUCACUCAAGGAGCUCAAGGGUUGAGGAAUACUUUGCUUCGUGGUUUAGGUCCAUGGCAUUCAGCUGUCCUUCCUACCUUUUACGUAUGCUUUGGAUGGUCUUGUCUGUUAUUUGUGAUUGGAAUCCGACAGUUCAAGUUCACCUAGAGUGUCCGAUUAAAAUGAAAGAUUAUCUAAUAGCUGUACAAUCUACAUAUUUGUAUAUUUUUUUAUUACUAUGACUAAUGUAAUGAAAUUUUGUAAUGCCAUUGUUAUGUAUGUAACUAUACAAAAAAGAAAAUAAUUUAAUUAAAGUGAAUAUCACUCUGUAGCGGCAGCUAAA